CCCUCCACACAAGCACCCCCCCUUGGCCGUCUGGAGCUUGUUCCACUCCGACUGCUGGGCCCGGGAGCUGUCCCGCAUCUGUCUUCGUCUGCCGGGUCGGUUUGGAGCCUCACACCGCCGUCCACCUUUUAUUCAAGCCAUCCCCAGUGCCAGUUAGCCCCCUUUCUUCUUGUUUUCUUGUCCUUUGUCUUCAUCCGACGACCUUGACGGCAGCCAGAGCCCUCGCGACGCUCCUUUUUGAACCUCUCAACAACCCGCCGAUCAGCAACCCCUCCAUCCAUCCGUCCCAGUAGCCACCACCGCCCGCCAAAAAAAAAAAAAACACCAUGUCUUCCUCCUCCCCCGCGCGUCCAGCCCUCUUCACGCGUGGCCUCUCGGGCCUGUCGCAGACUACCGACCCAAACUCCCCCAGCGUCAACUCCCCGGCCGAGCAGCGCGACGAUGCCAAGCGGAAUUUCCUCAAGACUAUGAGGACGCUGCCCACCCAGCACUACUGGGACGUGUACUUUGACAGGAGCCAGAAUGCCGACAACAACAACCAGGGCGGCGAUGGCACCUACAAGGUGCAACUCGAGAAGCUGCCGACCCAGAUCGAGUCGGUGCAGGACUUUUGGCGCUACGCCAACAACACGCCCGUCCAAAACAUGAAGAUGCGCGACUCCAUCUACCUGUUCAAGCAGGGCUUCAAGCCCGUCUGGGAGGACCGCAGGAACAUCAACGGCGGCAGCUGGACUUUCCGCGUCCACAAGAACAUCGGCCCUGAGGUCUGGACAAAGGUCCAGCUGCUGGCCAUCGGCGAGGAGCUCCAGGGCGCUCUGGAGGAGGGCGACCAGAUCUGCGGCGUCGGCCUCUCGGUCCGCUUCAAGGCGCACCUCAUCUCCAUCUGGCACCGCGACUCGUCCAAGCAAAAGUCCAUCGACGGCAUGCUCGCCGUCGUGCUCGAGGCCCUGUCGUCCCUACCCGAAGACCAGAAGCCCAAGCCCGACAGCUACUUCUAUAAGAAGCACUCGGACCACGCCGGCUUCAAGGCCCCGCCCGAGCUGCAGGCCGUCCUCAACUCGCAAAAGGCCCGCGACGCCGCCGCAAAGGCCGCAAAGGAGGCCGCCACCCCGCAAGGCGCCGCCAGCGAACUCGCCGUGCCCGAGAUCCAGGAGCCUUCUGUGUAAUUGUUUCUAUCCACUGUUUUAAUGCCUCUCUUUUUUCCUCUUUUUCUUUCACGACUACGGGGCUCACCCAACGAGCCAUGGCGCACAAUCGGGGAACGAGAAACAAAUAUAGUCCGGCUAGGACCUGUAAGGUCGAAACUCGCGUUUGACCUUGGACCAUGCGCUUGCGUGGUGAGUGUGGUGAAUUCUGAACUUUUUUUUUCCCCUCAGAGGCAAACGAGGACGGGGGAUCGAGCCGCGGACAAGGGUGGCAAUCACCGGCUCCCAUGGUGGAUGCUUGAUUUCAGUCUGAUUUUUGCAUACUGCGGCGUUCUGAAAAAGACGGAUAUCGUGGGCAUGUGGCAUCAUAUACCAGCAACCAUCAACCUUGACGUCUAUACAGAUAGCGUUGGUAUCUCCUUUCGAGUGAUCUUUUCCGAGGGAGCCCUCCGUUGACGUGUCCCAAUGGUGAGCUCUGUACAGAGCUGUGCGCAACUGGCCCGCAAACAUGUUUCUUGCCGGCUCUACUACUUCCGACGUGAUCGACGAUACCGCAGACAUGCAGACACGCAACUUGUCUUCACCCUCAGUGUCAGCAGACCCAGGCAUCCUGGGAGAAUGGAAAGAAAAGGAUCAACUGCUAUCCUUCACUGAUCAAGUUUAUGGCCACACUAGAGACCUCAGACAUGUACUUGUUUCCAUCCGCAUUGUAUGCAUCAUCACGCAGGACAGCCAGUUUUCACAAGGCGUAGGAAGGUUCUUUCCCUGUCGGAGGAAGUCGACGAAGCAGCAGAAGCACACUCAGCCUCAAACAUCAAGCAACGAGAUUGCAUCCACACUCUGCACACAUGGGUUUGUCUGUCUCCAUCAAGCCACGGGCCGCGAGACUCUGGGACGAGUGCACGACGGUAUAGUGACCCAAAGGAAGGGCGCGACCAAUAGGACGGGCCCCUUGUUUUC